AUGUCGAAAUCAGAAGGAAAAACGUCCAAUAUAUAUCCCACGGCCCCACCCGAAACCGUAAUGGGCAAUGACAAUUUCCAGAGAGGACCUCCACCCCCUUCAUAUGAUGAGGCUCUAAGAAUGUCAACAGCCCCCGCCUCAACUUACCAACCAGCACAAUAUUAUCAACCACAACAACAACCCUAUCAAUUUCCAAGUCAGCAAGCCAUGACGUAUGCACCACCAACUGCUUCUGGACCAAGUUCUUCAUAUGGCUAUGUUAAUCCAUAUCCGGCCCAUAUGCAACAACAUCAAAAUUAUUAUAAUGCAACACCGCCGCCUACAACUAAUGUUGUAGGCCGUAUGUCACCCAGUCAUAAUGUUUUGGAAUUUCACAAGCGUGCUGAGAUAAGAACAACGGCAACGGGUGCAAUCACAGUUCCUCCACCACCACCGGGUUGUGCCCCCACUCCCGCCCAAUUGGCGGCAAUGUCCGGACAACCAGUUAUGAUUAAGAAAAAGAAAAAUUCAUUUUUUUAG